AUGACGACAGAGAUAAACCCCGCCACCGAAAAGUCCCCGUCUCCAAAACCGGCGGUGAACGACAGGAGAAAGCUUCAGAACCGUAUUGCCCAGCGCAGGUUUCGGCAAAAGAAGGCAAUGGAGGCUCGAGCUGCAAGCUUACAGGCAGAGGGCAUCUGGCACGAAUACUUCAAUCUCCAUCCACAAUAUGCCGGCAACUACGAGGUACCAUAUAUGGGACCUUCUGCGCCCACCAGUCCGGCCGGCGUUCCACAGCGAGGAUGGCACCCAACUAUCGAAUAUCAGAUCGGUGUGUGGGACAUUCAGCUUUUCGGCAGCGACAAUUUCUAUCUGAGCAGUCCCCCAGCCGACAUCGCCACUCCCAUGUCCCCUCCUAACAGCUCGGCUUCGUCCGUAUCACCUGAUGGUUCGGUGUAUGGUGGGGAAGCGCCCAAUAAGCCCUGUUUUCCACCACAAGAUCAAGAGGGUUAUCCAUUUCCCAUGCAACAAAAUCACGUAUUCCGCGACGACAUGUUCCCUAGAGCCCCCUUGGAAAUCAAGGGCCUCGUUUCUGGCGCUCCACAACACGGCGCUUCCAAUGAAGCCCCACACGGUGACAAUAUAGACGCCUCCGCGUUCGAUUAUGCCGAAAACAUGGGGGUUCAGCUCCGAGAUCAGGUCGCGACGGAUUGGAAGAUGCACAAGCCAACCCAGUCCAUUGACUCGUGCACCUGGACGUCCAAGGACGGCGAACAAUGGGAGCCUUUGCUACACACAGCAGCAAAGAAUGGCAACUGUGGCAUCAUUCAGAUGCUUCUCGAUCACAACACCGAUGUCAACGAGCGCAACAGUAAUGGCAUGACGGCGCUUCAUGUUGCUAUUGAGAAUUCCCAGGAGGAUGUUAUCAUGUUACUGCUUCAGAGAGGUGUCGACGUAAACGCAGAAGACAACAGUCACCGGACUGCCCUCUCCAUGGCCGUCAGCAAGAAUAGCGAGUCUGGCGUCCGGUUAUGCCUGAUGCAUGGAGCCGAUCCGAAACUAGCAAAGGUGCCCGCCUUUGGCGGUAGCCUAGGACCAUAG